ACCCUAAGCUCCAGUUCUUUGUCCAAUCUUGCAGGCCCUAUACACGAAGAGGUGUUUCUCCAGCUCGACAGAUAUCUCCUUCAACAAUGGCGAUCCGAUCCACUCCCGCAGAGCCACGGUCUGAACCACCAGUCGAAGCGCCACAGAUCGAAACGGAUAAUGUCCCAGCAUAUCUUGAGGAACCACUCCAGCUCAUCCUUCAAUGUCUCAGAAAGCGGUCUGAAUCUCCCCUCUCGUCCGUUCAGGUACUCUCGCACGCGCUGCCUUCUCCAGACAAAACAGGUCAUUCUUUCCCCGCCGUGUUGAAUGCGCUCGUUUCAGUGCUACAUGGCAAGGAGAUCCGAUGGAUCAACGUGUUUCAUGCCGUUCACGGUCAAUUUCGCAUCGCUGACCUGCCACCGGGGCCACCUGCGACCCCUGGGCCCGCUAUUGGUGGAGAUGACUAUUUCGCCACACGGGUGUUCAAUUCCGCCGUUACGGUGACGGACUUGCAAGCCAACACCACCAUUGCUCCAGGUCGGGUGUCAGCUAGACGCUCUGCAUCCGGGAAUUCAAAUCAGCCGGCGGCCUUAACAGCUCAAGCAAGAGGGCCGCAGCCGAUCGUACAACCGGGUACGGUCAACGUCGCCCUGAUCGAACGAUAUAUCCCACCAUCGAGUCGGGCCGAAUACCAAGACAUGUUUGACCCUGACGGACGAUCGAUUAUCUGCGACCGCCUAGCAGAGUUGUCAAACGAUAGUGGGGUCCUCGUCCUUAUAUAUCCGACUAGAGAUGGUGCCACCACCUUCAUGAAUCGAUAUCUGAAACCUCUUUUAGACCCACUUUUACGAUCCUUGACCGUUCUGAAUAGCUUCACCGCGGACCUCGCUGAAUCCAUCGGGGACAUGGACUGCGGCGAACGCAUGCUUUGCUACCAAGACUCUCGCUUCUGGAUGUCCGGGAUGUGCGCCGCAUUGAGCAAAGAAGGCGACUCGACGUACGAGAUGGCAUACACCGGGUUCACCGAAGUGUGCCCGGAUCGAUCGCUGUGGGCGGGUCGAUGGUGGGCGGGCCAGGAGAAACCGCGCAUCCGUGAGAUGGUGCAGAAAUAUUUCCGCGAGCAUCAUCUUCGGUCGGAGAGCAGCGGCACCGUGGCGUUGUCCUCGUCGGUCGCGGCGACGUCCUCGCGGACGCCGAACACGCGAACGUCGGCGGAGAUCGUGGAGAAGAUCAUUAACGGGGUGGUGAAUAACCCGUACGGGGAUGAAAAGGGAGAACCGUUGGAUAGCAUCGAGGUGGGAAUAUUCGUCAUCAUAAAGUCUCGGAAAUGACGCGGUGGACCAUGGGUGUCAAUUGCUUCGACAGUUCAAGGAGUUCAGACAUUGUGUUUUAUGGGGCAUACAUACACCGCAGGAUACCCACUACCGUCUAAAAGUAGACGGAUGGAGGACCUGUGGUCACCAAGGUAGCAGCAAACAAGGACAUCGUAUCCUUUGACAAAGAGCUUGAUUGAAAGACUGCCCAACACUCCGCCUUGGCAUACCCACCUAACACAGGAAGAAAGAGAUGGAUUGGUAUUCACAUCGAGAAGUUCGGGGACCAAACAACAAACCUGCCCGUUUCCGCCCCCAAGGACGGACGACAAGUUGCCUCCUCGGCCUUCACGGUCUUCACAACCUUCACAGAUAUUGUUAUUCCAUAAUAUGAUUGGA